UUUGCAACAAACAGCUUUUUUUUACCCCAUUCGCAUCAACUUGCAAGCUCGCACACUCAAAAUGGUAUAAAAAGAGUACACAAACUUACAGUCGGACGGCAGAUACAACCAUUGCAAGUUCAACAACAGGAAAAAACCAGAAAGAACGGCACACUCAAAAAAAGCUCAUCAGCAACAGCAACAGACAUAAGCAUGAGAGUUUGGUUCGCCUUGUUUGCACUCCUUACGGCGGGUGCUUUAACAGUCACAGCUGAGGAUUCGCGCACAGAGCUGAUAGGGUGCAGCAGUACUUUGUUUCACCUGGCCGCAAACCGUAUUUCGCGGCAGUUUGAAGAGUUCGUGGAAUGCAAGCAAACGGCCACGGAUUGUAGGGAACCUGUUCAGCGAGGGCAGAAUGCGCUCCAGCAGGGGCUGGUCGAUUACAUGCAAUGCACAGAGUACAUUCAUUAGUUGGACAAAAUAAAUAAAUCGAAUCAAAUUUUUCAACAAUA